AUGUCUCUCUCUGAACUUCAAAAGCAAACUCAAAAUGUAAGCCAAGUUACUCCAGAAAAGGAGAACUGGAAUAUCAUUGUUAGGGUGAUACGUUCAUGGUUCGUUCCAGAUUUCACUAAACAGAGGUGUCCUUUUUCCAUGGAGUUGGUUAUUCAAGACAAAGAGGGUUCUAAAAUACAUGCUUCCAUCAGACGUACUCUAAUUUACAAAUUCCAGACUAAAAUUUCUGAAGGUGAUGUUUAUGCCAUACAAAAUUUCAGUGUUGCUCCAAAUUCUGGAAUUUACAGAACUACGCACCACCCUUAUAAGAUUAAUUUCCAGUUUGGUACCAAAGUUAGUUUGCUUGAUGGUAACUUGGUUCCUGAUGUGAAACCACAAUACACACCUUUGUCAUUAUUGACAACCACUAGAUUCGAUACUGAUUAUUUAGUUGAUGUAUUGGGAUUACUGGUCGGAGUGGGUACUGAAAGAGAAUUGCAAGUUGAUGGAAAGACAACAAAAUUAAAUGUCAUUGCAAUAGAAGCUGAUGGGUUUCGAAUAGAAUGUACUUUGUUUGGUAUUUAUGUCGAUGAACUGAAUGUAUUUCUUUCAAGUGGAGAAGUACAAAAUUGUGCUAUAAGUAUAGAAUUUGCGAAAGUCAAAACUUUUCAAGAUAAGGUUCAACUUCAAAAUUGCAAGUUCUGCACUAGGAUUAAGUACAAUGUUAACUUCAAGGAGGCAUCUGAACUUAAAUCAAGGAUGAUUGAGAACAAUGAAUCUCCCUCUCAAGGAUUAACGCAGCUGUCUCAGACUUCCAAAAAUACUGUGGAAGAAGACUUUUUAACUGUUACACCUAGGACGACUAUUCAAGGUCUUAAAGAUUGUAAAGAGGUUGCAACUUUCAUAUUGUUUGGAACCAUUAACCAUAUCUUGGAUGAGGAUGACUGGUGGUAUACGGCUUGUGUUUGCAACAAAGUUGUUUAUCCAGAUUCAAAGAUGUUCUUUUGCGAGAAGUGUAACAAGCAUGUUAUAAAAGUCUUUCCAAGAUAUAGGAUUAAGGUUCGAGUUAUUGACUCAUCCGAUUCCAUCACAUUUGUUCUGUUUGAUAGGGAUGCAACCACCCUUUUCAAAAAAACCUGUGCUGAUAUGUUAGAGUCUCAUGAUAAGAUGAAUGGUUGUGGGAAUUUUCCUAAGGAGUUUGAAGAAUUAGUUAAUAAAAGUCUGCUGUUUAAAGUUGAAAGUAGGAACGAUCAAACUUUCAAACUUGAACAAUCUUUCAGAGUGAAGAAAAUAUGUCUUGAUGAUGAUAUAAUUGAGAAGUUCAAUGAUUCUUCGUUGAAAUCUGUG